AUGUCUCGCCUAGAACUGCGCUUGGAAGGGGAAUCACAUUGGUGGUUGGAUGGACCAUAUGGCUCUGUCAAAUUCGAUUCUGAGCGAGCUGUUGACUUGUUCGUCCGAGCGAUGUCCGAAGGUCCUGAUGCUCUGAAAGACCAUCUGCUCUCUGGUACUGUUUUUUCAGUCAUUAAGUCCGGAAAUGUCGAUGUAGCAGAGUUGUUUUUCGCUUUAUGGUUCGAAUCAGCAAACGGGUCUACUGUUGCCGGCGCCAGUGCCUGUUUUCUUGCGCAGGAUGAGGAUGAAGAAGAUAUCAUGAGCUGCCUUGCUCAAGCAGGACAUUGGUUGAUUGAAGUUGCUGAAUCUGAAAGUGUCGUAUGCUAUGUCAAAGCAAAUGCACCUCGCGCGGCCAAGCCGGCAGACAAAACCGGCCCGCCUCUUCCGCCUGAGCGUAGGCGAUCAAGCCACGAUACGCUCAAGUCAAUCGUAGAUGAGGGAGAUCCGAAACUAUUUGAAGCGGCCAUCCAAGCAUUGAAACAGCACAGAGCCAAGCCUAAAAAUACUCCGUCUUCCGAUCUGAAACCCCAGGAUUCUCGCGAUGUGGAUGCCACAUACACCCUCACCUGGUGGAAUCAAACAGGUAGUGAUCUUCUCACUCUUUACGACGCUCAAGUGCAUUCAUCCUUCAUCUUGUCUGUAAAGGCUAUGCCAGACAAACAUUUCCGUACUGGUUCAACAUCCCUAACGUGGUUCUUUACCAAUGGGGCCUGGGCACAGGGCGAGAUGGACGGAUACUCUAUCUGGUAUGCACCCAAUGGGUCCUGGUUUGGGGUCAACAUCCAUUGUCCUGUGCAGGUCAUUGGUAUAGGCACUGCACCAUAUUAUGAGGUCGCUUGGUCUGAAUGGGGUAAGGAGACGUUUUUCAAACCGGUUGAUGAGCCUCACAUGUCUUUUGACUUUCCUCGCUCUCUUGGAUAUAAUAUUCAGAUCAAGCCUCAAAGCGGACAUUCCACUAUUCUUGUUGAUGUAAUCAUUAGUAAGAUCCCUUAA